UUAACAAUCUUCUGGUCUGCAUGCGCACAGAAAAAAAAAAGUUGUGGAGACACACACUCCUGCUCUUUGGGGCUCCUUGUUAACACCUGCUAUGCCUCUGUAAGAAGUGUGAGCCAUGCCAGCCAAAGGGAAGUACUUGUUGAAUGACCAGGAGCUGAAAAAUGAGGCACUGUACCGAAAAUUCUCCUGCAACUGCCAGUAUCAGCCGCUGGUGCUCCUGCUUGGCCUCUCCAUGCUCUCCUGUGUUAUCCUCCUCAUCCUCUUCUUUGCCCUACAACUGAGUGCAGAGGAACACUGUGCCUUUGUGAGUGUGGUGAGCUGCAGCCUGUGCGUGUUCCUGGCCGUGUUUGUGCUGGUGUGUACAGAGAUGCUUUCACAGCGAUGGAGACGUCUGCUCGGCCUAAUUGUCUGGGCCACACACCUCACUAUGGGUUACACCUUCAUCUUCAGUGGCCCCAUCAUCCUGGCUUGGGACCAGGUGCCUUUCUUCCUCUUCAUCAUCUUCACCGUGUACACCAUGCUGCCAUUCCAGCUGUGGUACGCUGUGGUGCUGAGCGUCAUCACAUCACUGUCCCAUAUUAUGGUCCUCACAGUGCGCUUCACCAUUGACAAAAAAGAAAGACCUCCUUCCCUCGCCAACCAGCUGCUGUCCAAUGCGAUGGUGUUCCUGUGUGGCAGUGUGGUGGGAGCCUUCCAUAAGGUCCUCAUGGAGAAAACCUUGAGACAGACCUUUCAAGACACCCUGAGGUGUCUGAGCAUGCGCAUGAAGCUGGAGAUAGAAAAGAGACAACAGGAGAACCUGCUGCAGUCUGUGCUGCCAGUCUACAUCUCCAUGAAGAUGAAGCUGGCAAUAAUGGAACGGUUGCAAGAAUGUAAAGACAAAGAAGAGCAACAGCGACUGGUCAAAGAUAACAACUUUCACAGCCUUUAUGUCAAGAGGCAUGAAAAUGUCAGUAUUCUAUAUGCAGACAUUGUUGGCUUCACCCAACUAGCCAGUGACUGUUCUCCCAAGGAGCUUGUCAUUAUGCUGAAUGAAUUGUUUGGCAAGUUUGACCAAAUUGCCAAGGAAAAUGAGUGUAUGAGAAUCAAGAUCCUUGGCGAUUGCUACUACUGUGUUUCAGGGCUGCCCGUCUCUUUGCCUAAACAUGCUAAGAACUGCGUCAAAAUGGGCCUGGACAUGUGUGAAGCCAUCAAGCAGGUACGGGAGGCCACCGGGGUUGAUAUCAACAUGAGAGUUGGUGUACACUCAGGCAAUGUGCUCUGCGGCGUGAUCGGCCUUCGCAAGUGGCAGUUUGAUGUCUGGUCACAUGACGUCACUCUGGCCAAUCACAUGGAGUCAGGAGGCCUUGCAGGACGUGUCCACAUCACCGAGGCUACUUUGAAGCACCUGAACAAGGCUUAUGAAGUGGAAGAGGGCAAUGGCCACCUCAGAGACCCCUACCUAAAAGAGCUCAGUGUCAAAACCUACCUAGUCAUUGACCCACGAUCUAAGGAUCCAUCGCUGACCAACCGUAGUGCGCCUAAACCUCGGGUGAAUGAUGGUUUGAAGAUGCGGGCAUCUGUGCGUAUGACCCGCUACCUUGAAUCCUGGGGGGCCGUCAAACCUUUUGCCCACCUCCAGAACCGAGAGGGCUUCACCCCAGACACCAUUGUCAAUGGCAAACCACGCUCCAAGGACAUCCCCCUGCGAACAACUCAGGGCUCCAAGAUCACUGAGAGCUUUGAUGAGUCUCUAGAAGAGCCGUUCUCCUUGCCCACCUCUCCAUUCAGCAGCUAUAAGAACAAGUCCCAGAAGAGCAAGUUUGAUGAAGAGCUGCACAAUGAGAUGACCACGACCAUAGACGAGCUCAGCAGCAAGCAGUGGUCUAAGUCUGAGGAGAGUAGUAGUUUAGCUCUGUGGUUCCCGAAGAAAGACCUGGAGAAACAGUACCGAGCCCUGGAUCUGCCAAUGUUCAAACACUACAUUGGCUGUGCUACCUUCAUCUUCCUCUGCAUCUUUUUGAUUCAGAUGUUUGUCACAGAGGAGCGACAGAAGCUGGGGACGGCCUUUGCAGUGUUGGUUUGUGUCUUGCUGCUGACUCUGGCCAUCUGUUUCGCAGGUCACCUUCAGCGCCUGUUUCCAGAGAAGCUGUCAAGCUGCCAGUGGUUGCCAGCUGUGUCGGAGGCAGUAGUGAAGCGGCCGUGUGUGCGCCUCCCUCUGGCCACCAUAACGGCUGCGGUCAUCAUUAUCUUGGCAGUGUUCAACCUGUGCCCCAUCCCUGACACACGUAAUACAACCCGCUCAAAAGAUGUUCCUGACCUGUGUCACACAAAUGAUUCCAAUCGCCAGAAAAUCGAGGACAACCUCUUCUACCUGCCUUACUCUGUAUACUGCUGUAUCCUGUCGCUUGUUGCAUGUGGAGUCUUCCUGCGGGUGAGCUUUGAGCUCAAGGUGCUCUUCCUCACCUUAGCCUCCACAGCAUACUACAUACUCAUCCUCAGCACCAACAAGGGCCACUUCGUGAACUACGGAAACAUCCUGUGUGCUCAGAUUUCAGCAGGUGGCAGCUGCAACUGCAGCAGUGAAGAUGACUACACCCUGAAAUUGAUAGGCCUGGUGAAACACCCCCAGGUGAUGAGCUGCAUCUACAUCACCCUGUUCCUAGUCACUAUGCUCAUCAUCUCACAGCAGAAUGAGUCCUGCUUCCGCCAGGACUUCCUGCUGAAGUACAAGAACCGCACAGAGCAGGAUGAGAUUGAGACCAGGGAGAAUCUGAACCGCCUGCUGCUGGAGAACGUGCUGCCAGCGCAUGUGGCAUCGCUCUUUGUUGGAGAGAAUAAAAAGAAUGAGGACCUCUACUACAAGUCCUAUGACUGCGUGUGUGUGAUGUUCGCCUCGGUGCCAGAUUUCAAAGAAUUUUACACUGAGUGUGAUAUCAACAAGGAGGGCCUGGAAUGCCUGAGGCUGCUCAACGAGAUCAUCGCCGACUUUGACGAGUUGCUGUCCAAACCAAAGUUCAGUGGUGUGGAGAAGAUCAAGACAAUUGGCAGCACUUACAUGGCUGCUGCAGGGCUUAGUGGGACUCCUGUUCAGGAAAACAAUCAGGACCGGGAGAGGCAGCAGGCCCAGAUCGGCAUCAUGGUGGAGUUUGCCAUAGCUCUGACUGGCAAGUUGGACGGCAUCAACAGACAUUCCUUCAAUACCUUCAGGCUUCGUGUGGGUAUUAAUCAUGGCCCGGUGAUAGCUGGAGUGAUCGGCGCAAGGAAACCUCAGUACGACAUCUGGGGCAACACGGUGAACGUGGCCAGCAGGAUGGAGAGCACUGGGGAGCUCGGCAAGAUCCAGGUUACAGAGGAAACAUCCGACGUGCUGCACAAGCUGGGCUACUCGUGCGACUGCAGGGGAUUAAUCAACGUCAAGGGGAAAGGAGAGCUGAAAACCUUCUUUGUGUGUACCGACAUGAGCAAGCAGCAAGGUAUGGGGCUGAGCUGAGGCCAGACAGCCACAGCCAACAGGACUGGAGAUAGACUCAUGUACACAAAUCAAGAGUUUACACACUGCUGCACGCCACAAGUGUUGAGACAGACCUGACUGUAAUACAGCCGUGUUCCUGUCAUGUCGCUGAGUGAGAAUAGUAAGAGGAACUGCUGCCUCACUGUGUGCGGACGUCACACUGAAUCAACGCUUUGUACUCGGGACCUGUUGGACAGAGGCAUGUGUCGUUUCUGGGAGGGAUGGACAGUACGUACCAUCACCGUCUUUUUCUAUUCGCAACACACAUCUGUCCAGUGUGUGUGAGACCUGUCACUUUUGUACUUUUUGUCUGUCUUUAACUUAGAUGUUGUUUGUGAUAGAAAAAAAACGUGUAUUAUACUAAUGCCAAAUACACUCAUGUCAUUUUUGUAGACCUCUUGUGUCCUUUAAAAAAACAAAUCAAUGGAUUCUGUUUGGAUCAUAUUUUUAAAAACCCGUCAGGUUGUCCUUUUUUGAGAGUAGUAGGACACUCUGCUCUCUUACUGUGUAAUGAGUGAAACACGUGGAGCUGUUUUAGAGUCACAAACAUGCUGAACAGGAGAUAUACAACACUCUGGGACGUGUUCAGAUAACAAAACAAUUCAAAUCAUUAAGUUACUAUAUUGUCACAAAUAAUACACCUCUGAUUAGAGCCCCAUAAGUUUAAAUUCUGGUGUAACAUUUUUUAUGUGAGUAUCUUUUAGGUUCCAGCUGUGCAGUUUGGCAAUAGUAAUAACAACCAUUUAAUAAUAGUACUUAUAUGAUGAGAUAUUUGAGGAGGAAAUGCAUAAAUCCAUGUGCUGUCUGUUUGUCAUCUAUUUCUUUAUUCUGCUCAGACAAGAAAUCAAUUGUCAUUACUUUAGCUGCUGUCUGCAUAUAUGCUGCAAUGAGGGAAACCUGUGGCGCUCUCCUUGGUGUCCUUAAGUCUGUGUGAUCCAACAUCCUGCCUGCUGUGAAUGUUUUUCUGGCUCCAGCUCAGGUAAUCACCUGAAUUGAUCUGGAUCGCUCUCUGUGCCUCUAAAAACUUGAUUAGUCUUGUGGCCUUACUAUGACCGUCAUCUUGUCUGUAACUGUGGUUACAUAAUCAUGUAUUGGCCUUUAUGUGAACAAAUGUGACAUUGAAUUUUGUACAGUUGCAGAAUGUAAUAAAUGUU